AUGGCGCUGCGCCGGGCCGGGACCCUGCACGGCUCCGGGGAGGAGGCCGGCGACGAAGCCCCGGGACCGGUCCGGGCCAGGUCGGGGCUGCCGCUGCUCCUGCUGCUCCUCCUGCUCAGCCCCGGCCGGGCUGGCGCCGCCCACGACCGUCGCGGCCCCGUGGUGCUGGGCAUGCGGCUGGAGCACAGCGACCGGCCGCUGUCCGAGCAGGAGUUGGAGGAGGAGGAGGCGGGCGUGCUGCAGGUGCAGGAGGGCGCCCAGAUCCUGCUGCGCCUCUACGGGCUGGGCUUGAGCGCCCGCGCCUACCAGGCGGUCUACUUCGCCGAGGUGGGCCUGCCCGGCGGCAACAACGGCAGCCGGCCCCGCGGCCCCAACGCCACCUGCCCGGAGAAGACGCAGGACUUGGUGGUGCAUCCCCAGGCCGGCGAGAUCCGCGCCACCUCGGCCGUGAUCGGCGUGAAGGUGCAGCUGCUGCGCAAGGCCCAGCGCUCCAAGCUCUACGUCCUGUGCACCCGGAGCGAUCCCGGCCAGCCCUGGCUGCGCCUGGAGGGCAAGGAUGCCUUCCUGCGGGUGGUGGAGGAGAAGCAGCACCUGCUGCCCUUCUGGCUGCAGAUCAUCCUCAUCCUGACCCUGCUGGCCUUCUCCGGCAUGUUCAGUGGGCUCAACCUGGGUCUGAUGGCCCUGGACCCCAUGGAGCUGCGCAUCGUCCAGAACUGUGGCAGCGAGAAGGAGAAGCGCUACGCCGGCAAAAUCGAGCCCAUCCGCCGCAAGGGCAAUUAUCUGCUCUGCUCGCUCCUGCUGGGCAACGUCUUGGUCAACACCACCCUCACUAUCCUGCUGGAUGACCUCAUUGGCUCCGGGCUGGUGGCGGUCAUCGCGUCCACCUCGGGCAUUGUCAUCUUUGGGGAGAUCGUGCCCCAGGCGCUCUGCUCCCGCCACGGCCUGGCCGUGGGGGCCAACACCAUCGUUCUGACCAAGAUCUUCAUGCUCUUGACCUUUCCCAUCUCCUUCCCCAUCAGCAAGAUCCUAGACUUCCUGCUGGGCCAAGAAAUUGGCACGGUCUACAACCGGGAGAAGCUGGUGGAGAUGCUGAAGAUCACCGAACCUUACAACGAUCUGGUGAGGGAGGAGCUGAACAUGAUCCAGGGAGCGCUGGAGCUUCGGACCAAGACGGUGGAGGAUGUCAUGACCCCUCUUCACGACUGCUUCAUGAUCCACAGCGAUGCCAUCUUAGAUUUCAACACCAUGUCCGAAAUCAUGGAAAGCGGCUACACCCGUAUACCGGUCUUUGAGGAAGAACGGUCCAACAUUGUGGAUAUCCUGUACAUCAAGGACUUGGCCUUUGUGGACCCUGAUGACUGCACCACCCUCAAGACCAUCACAAAGUUCUACAGCCAUCCUGUCCAUUUUGUCUUCCAUGACACCAAGCUGGACGCCAUGCUGGAGGAAUUCAAAAAGGGUAAAUCACACCUGGCUAUUGUCCAAAAGGUGAAUAAUGAAGGUGAGGGCGACCCCUUCUAUGAAGUGUUGGGAUUGGUAACUCUGGAAGACGUUAUUGAGGAGAUAAUCAAAUCAGAGAUCCUGGACGAAUCGGAUAUGUACACUGACAACCGCACCAGGAAGCGUGUGAGCCACAAGAAGGACAAGAGAGAUUUCUCUGCCUUCAAAGACAACGACACAGAGUCCAAAGUGAAGAUCUCGCCGCAGUUGCUUCUGGCGGCUCAUCGCUUUCUCUCCACCGAGGUGACGCAGUUCACGCCUCCUUUCAUUUCGGAAAAGAUCCUGUUGCGCCUUCUCAAGCACCGGGAUGUAAUCAACGAGUUAAAGUUUGACGAGGAGAACAAGAAGUGUCCCCGGCAUUUCCUCUUCAACCGAAACAAGCCGGCUGACUUCUUCAUCCUAAUCCUUCAGGGCAAAGUGGAGGUAGAAGCUGGCAAGGAGAACAUGAAGUUUGAAACUGGGCCUUUUUCUUAUUACGGAGUGAUGGCUUUGAGUCCCUUUUCAGAAAUGCGUUCUCCAUCUCAUAUGAGUAAUCUGAAUCGCUCGGCGUCUCUUUGCUACCACGAGCGCACCGACUCCACCUCUUCCAAUUUCACUGGCAGCAACAACCAGCUUAACGUCAACAUGAGCUCCCAGUACUUCUCAGACUUCAGUGUUCGUGCUCUUACCGAUCUCCAGUAUGUCAAGAUCACGCGCCUCCAGUACCAAAACGGUCUCAUGGCCUCCCGCCUGGAGAGCUGUCCCCAGUCCCCCGACGGGAGCCCCCCCAAAGCGGACCCCUCCUUGGCAGAAAAAGGGAGCACCCUGUCCAACAACGAGAUGAUUGGCCUCUUGAACGAAAGGAACUGCCAGCAUCAAAAGACGAACCACAACCCGCCCGACAAUGUGGUCUGA